AUGUCGACCCUCAACCAAGAGCAAAUAAAAGUCCUUGAACAAUCCCGUCAACGACUAGUCCAAUUAACCCGCUCCCUGGGUUCCCUAAUCGCAAGCCUAAACCAAAGCGACCCUCUCCCGCAAUGGUCCUCCCUCCAAUCUCAAGCAAGCAUCAUCUCCAAUAACCUCAUCAGCGUCUCAGAGCACCUCUCCGACCACCGCGACCUCCUCUCAACCCUAGUAGCCUACCCAGGCCCAGAAUACCCCGGCCGCACGCAAUCAAACACCCUCGAACAACUCCUCCGAACAAAACUCGACCCCCGCGUCGAAGACUGGGUCGCGCGCGGCCGGGUCGCCGGUACAGAUCCCGCAGCUCCUGGAUUCUCAGAGGGAAAGCCACUUACCGAGAAGGAACUUGGUGAGCUCUGGGAAUGGGCGCCGUUUGAGGCGAAUCAGGAAGCGCGGCGGAGGAACUGGGGAGGAAAUUUCACGCUCGAGGAGCGAGAUGCCCCUGGGGGUGUUCAGGCUGUUGUUACGGGGUUGAAGAGGACUUUGGAGGAUGAUGAGGGGGAUUCAGAAGAGGAGGAUGAGGAUGAGAGUGAGGGGGAAGAUGAGAUUGUUGGGGUUCAUCGGAAGUCUGGGGGUGGGCCGGGGUUAGAGUUUGAUAUUGCGGUUCAUCAUGCGCAUGCUGCUGUGCCUGUUGUUCCUUUGGGGGAUAUCUUGAGGUAUAUGACUACUGGGCGGAUGCCGUAG